GUGCUCUUUAGUAAAUCUGAUUUAAUGGCCUCUCUGCUCCGCCCCGUCUCUUUACGCCAUUGAAUUUUAUAGCCAAAAUGUGUCUUUUCAGCAAUUUCUAGGUUUUCUUACGCCCAAUUCAUUGCCACCCCAAUUUCCGCAUUGUGCCGACCGCUUUUGCUGGCUCAAGAUUCAGUUUUUCGCAAUUACCUUUUCACGAAAUGAAUCACAGUACUUCCUGAAGAUCAAGUUUUAGCUCUGCUACCCAAAAUAAAACAAGAAAAUUAACCAGACUAAAAAUGGACGACAGCGAACUCGAUUUCCCGAGCGAUCAAAUGCUAUCCUGCCUGGACUUAACAAACACGCAGAACAGCUGUUCAUUUGACAUAGACGAGUUCUUGGGCCGAACCCAAUCCUGCAACGAUGCAUUGGGCCGGACAGAGGCCUACACCGAUGUAAUGGGCCGGACUCAGGCCUGCACCCAUGCCCACGCCUGCAACCCAUCUGGGCCCGAUAAGUCCCAUACCCACACAUGCAUUCACGUACACACACAAAUAAUGCCAUCUUCAAGCGAGAACCCGCCCAGUGAUGACACAGCCGAGUCCAUCGAGAAAAAGGGCAAAAAACGGCCUUUGGGCAAUCGUGAAGCUGUAAGAAAGUACAGAGAGAAGAAAAAAGCACGAGCUGCUUCUCUAGAAGAUGAGGUUGUGAGACUUCGAGCCAUUAACCAGCAGUUGAUGAAGAGGCUUCAGGGACAGGCUCUGUUAGAGGCUGAGAUUGCGAGGCUUAAGUGCUUGCUGGUGGAUAUCAGGGGAAGGAUAGAAGGGGAAAUCGGGUCUUUUCCUUACCAGAAGCCGAAUAAAGCUGGGGAUAUUUAUCAGAGUAUGGCUAAUACAAAUGUGGCUGGUACUUAUGUGAUGAACCCUUGUAAUAUGGAGAGUAGUGAGCAGCUGUAUUGUCUGCAGUCGGAGAAUGUGGUCGGGGGUCAGGGCUUCGGGGGGGACUGUGGUUUUGAUAAUGGUCAGUGUUUGGGGAAUCAGAAUAUUGAUGAGAAGGAGCUUGCCGAGUGUGGGAUUCGAGAUUGUGUUGGAAAUGGUUAUAAUGCUACUGGAAAGAGUAAGAGAAAAGGUGUCCGUGCGGGACCCACUAGUUGAAGUCUUGAAGAGUAUGUCUAGUUGUUUUGUCCAUCUUCAUGAAUAGCCGUUAGCAUAUGUUACUAAAUAAGCUACGAUGGGCUACACUUAUGACCUCUUAGUCGUGAGGUUUUCGUGUAUAGUAGUUUUUUUCAUUGAUAACAUGCAAUGUGAAGUUGGAUGCCAAGAAGAAGCAUUAGCUAGCAAGACUUGAUGGAGUGUACUCGAGAUUUUGGUUUUGCGAAAGCUUUAUAUUAGGUUUCGCUUAUUGCAUGGGAUCCAAAACAUUGUUAUUUCAUUUGCCGUGGCUUUGACUGUAAUUUUAUUGGUGGCUAUCUUUUUCUUCUGUAUCUUAUUGAUUAUUAAUAAUGAUGAGAUGAUUUGAAUGUUAUUUUAAAAGAAAUUAUGUGCGAGGGGGUUCUUGUAGUUAUUAUAUAAAAUUCGAGGCUCUUAAGGUUUUCA